GGUGGAUGUUGAGUCACCACCGUUGGAGAUCCUUGUUUUGUAUUGUGAUUCGACGCGAGCGGUUCCUAGGAAAUGAUCCUUCCGAAAAAUAUAUUCCCACCAAGAGGCUACACCUCAAGCUCAUUCAGAGUCGGCGAACCCGUCACACUGAUGUUUAAUGUGCUAGAGUUGUAAUUACCAAUCUCGCUGCUCCCCAUUCGGUCUCCUCUGCCCGGCCGAUACUCAAAGCUCGUUUGAAGAAUAUCAAAAUGCCAGAGUCGAUGAAUAUGCUCACCGAUGGUCCCGCGAUACCUCAGCAGAUCGAGCCCCUCACGACCUGGUGCUCCGAUCCCAAAGUUGUAUUCGGCAUCGCAGGCGCAUUCCUUGUCGUCAUGCUCGUCCUGUGCAUCAUUUAUGAGAAGCUCAAAUUCCGGAGACGGACAUCGAAAUUCCCAGCAGGUAAUCCCUGUCGCGCCGGCAACGACCGGAAUUUUGUGAGCGAGAGCGACUCCUGGAUCUACACAUUCGUGAAGACGAUUGAUGGCCCAUUCGAGACGCCGAGAGCCACCAUCGAGUCGCUAGAAGAGCGAACUCCCUCCCCUGAAGAAUCCGGUGGUAAGGAAAAGAGAGCUGACGCUCCCGAGCCCACAUGAGACAGGAAGCUCCGUCGAAGAAAUCGUGCCCCACACACGUACAUGCCUGGAGUGUUGAGCGGAUAUGUUCCCUUUCGAAUCUUCGAAAUAUCAUGGGGGAUGUAUUUUAGAAUUCCCGCUGCACUCAAAGCUAUGAUUCUCGAUCAUAUAGAGUUCGAAUUCCGGAACUCGUCAUUUGAUCCCGUUUUAACAUUGGAAUGGAGAGAUUGUCUUAUUUAAUCUGCAGAUGCAUUCAUUAUUGAGAUCUUAAUAAAUAUAUCCAUGAGAGGAAU